CCGGGGGAGCAAGCUCCACCCCGGCGCGGCCCCAUUGAAAGGGGCUGCCGUGGGGUGGGGUGAGCAGAGCAGGGGGGAGCAUGGAGAAGAGCAGCUACGCCAUGGCCAAGUUCGGCUUGGAGGCCAAGGAGGCGAUGCCCAAGCGGGACUGCGGCUUCUACAUGAAGUACGUCUUCCUCUUCACGUCCCUCAUCCAGUUCCUCAUCAUCCUGGGGCUGGUGCUCUUCAUGGUGUACGGCAACGCGCACGCGGGCACCGACACGCACCUCCGGCUGCUGGAGGAGCAGAUGCAGGAACGCUACAACAGGAUCAUCACCCUCAGCGGGAGGAACGCCAACCUGACCCGCACCCUCAACAACACCCUGAAGGAGAAGCAGGGGCUGCAGGGCACGCUGCAGAAGGUGCAGCGCGAGCUGGACAAGUGCAACAGCAGCCAGCUCCCCAACACCACCCCCAAGCUGCAGGAAAUGAUGAGGAUCAUGAUCUACCAGAAGAUGAUGCUGGAGGAUUCCCACAUGACCAUCAACCUCAUCAACGCCAACUGCAGCGCCGAAAAGGCGCAGCUGCGGAGCCAGCUGGACCAGACGGCCCUGGCGAGGAAGGAGCUGGAGGACAACUGCGCCAAGGCCAGCACGGCGCUGGCCAAGGCCAGCCAGGAGCGCGAGGGCUGCCAGCAGGAGCUGCUCAGCACCCAGACCCUGUGCGACUCCACCAAGUCCCACCUGGAGCUGCUGAAGCGCGAGUGCAGCAUCCUGCGGCCGGACAUCAGCAUCUCCCUCCAGCGCAUCAGGGAGACGAUCGGCCCCUACAGCUGCAGCUCGGCGCACGAGGAGCUCCGGAGGCUGACGCAGCGCACCGAGGGGCUCUUCCUCCAGCAGCAGGAGCGCGAGACCAUGUACCGGGAGAAGAGCGCCUGCGACGUGAACCUGCUGCAGUGCCGCUUCAACUGCUCCCGGGAGAAGCAGGAGCUGGAGAAGCGGCUGCAGGAGGCCGACAAGCAGCUGAAGGGCGGCCAGGAGGAGAAGAAGAAGCUGCUGGCGGAGAAGGAGCAGCUCAGCAAGGAGCUGGGGGAGAAGAGCAAAGCCGCCAUGCAAGCCAACUACCUGAAGCAGCGGCUCAGCAUCUGCGAGGGCUCCAAGCAGAUGGACACCUUCGACCUCACGGGCUCGUGGGUGCCGGGGACCCUGGGGGGGCAGCGUGCGGCCGGGGCCCUUCGUCAACCCCAGCUCCUACGCGGAUGCUCUGAGGAACCCGGGCAUCUUCGGCAGCGCGGGCAAAAUCAGCAUGGAGGAGAUGCAGCGGUUGGUGCAGAAGAUGAUGGAGCAGUACAUGGCCACGCUGAGGAACCCCAGCGGCUAGCGGCCAAGCAGCGCAGGGUGAGCCGCAGCGAGGGGCUCGAGGACAGGAGCAGGAGAAGCCUGGAGCGGCAUUUCCCACAGCACCGAUGGAAAACUCCAACCGGGAGCGAGCGGGGACCGGGGCCGCAUCCCCCCCCCACUCUCCCCUUCCCCACCAGCCCCAAGGCCCCCCCCCCCCCCCCGCCCGGCGCGGUCGGCAGCUGUAAAUACAGGCAGCGCUCAGCACCGCUCAGCACCGCCACGGCUCGCCAUGAGUGCUGCGAUGCCCGAGGGGGGGGAGAGCUGGAAGAGGGGGCGCAAAGGCCAGGGCCGGGGGGAGGGGGGGGGCGUGAGAGGGGGGAGAGCAGGAACAUCCCGUCCCCGCCGCAGAUGGGCAGCCUGGCGGAGGAAACGGCAGCCAGGAAGAGCGCGGUCGGGAGGCGGGGGGGCUGUUCCCAGAAGGGGCCGAGCGGCGGCCAAGGCUGCCCCGAAAUGAUGGGGAUGGGAGGGAUGGGAGCGCGAGGGGUGGGGGCGCGAGGGGUGGGGGCGCGAGGGAAUGAGGACCCCCAGCUUUAG